AUGGCGAGCUUCCGUCGGUUUCGCCCCGACGAUGUCAACAAAUUCUCUAAAUGCAAUCUCGACCCGCUGACUGAGACAUACGAGCUCAGCUUCUAUCUUCAGUAUUAUACAAAAUGGCCAUCGCUUUUCCAAGUGUGCGAAGAUAGAGACGGCAAUAUUGUCGGUUACAUCAUGGGCAAGGUCGAGUCGUCUCCAGAUGCUUACAAGUAUUCGGAGCACUACCUUCCGUGGCAUGCGCACAUCACGGCGCUCACAGUGGCUCCUGAAGCCCGCCGAUUAGGUGUUGGCAGAAUCUUGACGGAACAACUCGAGGCCGCCGCUGACGCCAACGAUGCCUGGUUCGUCGAUCUCUUUGUCCGCAAGAGCAACCACCGGGCUAUUGCCUUCUAUGAGAGCUUGGGCUACAGUGUCUUUCGCGUUGUCAAAGACUACUACGGAGAUCAUGCCACAGAUCCGAACAAGGACAGCGAGGACGCCUUUGACAUGCGUAAGUCAAUGCGCCGAGAUCAACAUCGCCAACAUGUCAGAGACGAUGGAAAGAACCACGUGGUCGAUCCAGAAGAUGUCUGGUAG